AUGUCAACACCAGACAGCACCGCUACAGAAUGGGAUCCUCUCGGCCCAAACUCGCCAUUAGCGGAAGCGCUUCUCAUCCUUCGCCCUAAAAAUGCCGCUGCAAAAUUCGCCUUCUCAAACGUCGUUGACUUUCUGCAAGAACAAGACUACAAUGCAGAUAACACCGCACGCUCUCAUUACGCAAAAUACAUCUGGUACUCUGACGAGCUUACCACCGACCCAGCGGUGACUCAUCUUGUCCAUUCAAAUGCCUAUGCAUCAUCAUCUUCACCUUCGUCGUCAUCGAAAGAGCGCAUGCCGAGUCCGGUUCCCAUCUGGACGGGAUUCUACUUCAUUGAUCCAAAAGUCAAACCUUUACUUCCUAGUCGAGGAUGGGCUGUUGGAAGGUUGAGCUCGAAAAGCCUCACUCUUGAGAAGCCAGUAGUUGACUUGUUACUCACCACAUCACGACGGAAUCGUGUAGCCAGAAGACAUGCAUGCUUGACAUUUGCCCAAGAAACAAGGAUGGCUUGUGUCAAGGUCGAGCCAAGGGCUGCCGCAACAGUCAACAACUACACCAUCCCAUCGUCCCACGGAGGAAACACGGCUGUUUGCGCCAAGGCUGAAAACUCCAUCGCGUUCGAGGACUUGAGCUAUACACUAGAGUACACAAACUACUGUCGCACGACCGAAGGCCGUCAGACACUGGAGGUUUUUCUGGCAGAUAUCUACGGCGAUGAUCAACCCACUGAGGAUGCACUAUCAGCGACGCCAACGCCCAACGUGACCACUCAGACAAUAGGCAGCUACACCAUUACAGGAGCCAAUCUGAUCGGAAUGGGCACAUAUGGUCGGGUCAAGCCAGCGACGGGACCACAAGGGAAUAUCGUUGUUAUUAAGAGUAUGGUACCAACCCGCGGCAACCUGGAGUUUGUUCGAUCUAAGGUGAAUAUGGUCCAAUCACUUUCCAGAAUGCUGGAGAGAGAGCAUCAGAAGAAUGUGUUGACAUGUAUCGCUGUGAUGCACAUGGAAGGCAAAGUUGAUGAGUUUCACUUAGUCCUUGAACCUUUUGUUGAGAAUACUCUGAUGGUUUUGCCGAAACAGAGCCAAACACAUUUUCUUCACGCCCAUAACUUUGUUCAUACAGACAUCAAACCACCUAAUAUCGGCCUCAAAAACCUCACCCGUUCCCUCGUGAGCGAAACAGCCUCCUGCCCCCCUCCAGCACGUCGCCUGACAGCCGUUAUCCUCGACAUCGACUCCCUCAUUCCUAUCCCUGCGAACGGAACAACAAUACCUGCUCAGCCCGGCACCAACGGGACGAUCGGUUUCCACUCGCCCGAGCAGGAAAGGACAGAGUUUGACGGCACAGCUGAUAUUUGGGCAUUGGGAAUUUGUAUGUAUAGAGCUGUAUUUGGGGAGUUGCCGUGGCGGUUUGGGGCACUUGGCAACCCAUGGAAUAACAUAAGGGAUGGGAGAGGAAUCGAGAAAAUAUCUUUCCAUGAGAAGUAUAGUGUUGCGGUGAGAAAGGUCGGGGAGAAGAGGUGCGAUGAGAUGGCUGCACUAUUGGACUUUAUUAUUGCCUCAUUCCGUUUUUCGGAAGCGGCUAUAGAAAGCCAGAAACAGCCACGACCGAGUAGCGCAGAGUGUCUCAGAGCUCUUAUUGGAAAGUCCGAGUUUCUCAAGAUGAGAGCCAAAUGGGAAGAAGAGACAGGUGAGCCGCCAGAGCCAGCACAAGUCGGUUUAAAGCGGCCAGCGGGACAGUAAACCGUCAGGGUUUAGGGUGCAGAAAUUCCAUAAUUAGAUGCAGGGUAGUUCUUCAUUUCUGAGAUAAAUAUGCUUGUAUUGUUUGCUCAAGGCCAAGUGGGCAUAAAAUGCAGUGAAUUGCAACGAG